GGCUCUGCGCGCCCCCGCCCGGGACCCCCAGGCCCGCUCCCUUUGAGCUAGGCCGCGCCGGCCGAGCGUGGGGGCCGCGCGGGCCGGACGAGCAGGAUGUCCUUCCAGGGCAAGAAGAACAUCCCUCGGAUCACGAGCGACCGCCUUUUGAUCAAAGGUGGGAAGAUCGUGAAUGACGACCAGUCCUUUUACGCUGACUUGUACGUGGAAGAUGGUUUGAUAAAACAAAUUGGAGAAAACCUCAUCGUCCCCGGAGGCAUCAAAACCAUUGAUGCCCAUGGCCUGAUGGUGCUGCCAGGCGGCGUGGAUGUGCACACGAGGCUGCAGAUGCCCGUCCUGGGCAUGACUCCGGCUGACGACUUCUGCCAGGGGACCAAGGCCGCUCUCGCGGGAGGGACCACCAUGAUAUUGGACCACGUGUUCCCCGACACGGGCGUGAGCCUGCUGGCGGCAUAUGAGCAGUGGCGGGAGCGGGCAGACAGCGGGGCCUGCUGUGACUACUCCCUGCACGUGGACGUCCCCCGCUGGCAUGAGAGCAUCAGGGAGGAGCUGGAGGCCCUGGUCAAGGACAAGGGCGUGAACUCCUUCCUGGUCUUCAUGGCGUACAAGGACAGGUGCCAGUGCACCGAUGGCCAGAUGUACGAGAUCUUCAGCAUCAUCCGGGACCUGGGAGCCCUGGCCCAGGUGCACGCAGAGAAUGGGGACAUCGUGGAAGAGGAGCAGAAGCGGUUGCUGGAGCUUGGCCUCACGGGCCCCGAGGGCCAUGUGCUCAGCCGCCCUGAGGAGGUGGAGGCCGAGGCCGUGUACCGCGCCAUCACUGUUGCCAAGCAGGCCAACUGCCCCCUGUACGUCACCAAAGUGAUGAGCAAGGGUGCGGCCGAUGUGGUGGCCCAAGCCAAGCGCAGGGGGGUGGUCGUGUUUGGGGAGCCCAUCACCGCCAGCCUGGGCACCGAUGGCUCGCACUACUGGAGCAAGAGCUGGGCGAAGGCCGCGGCCUUUGUCACUUCACCCCCCAUCAACCCGGACCCCACCACCGCAGACCACCUCACCUCCCUGAUGUCCAGCGGGGACCUUCAGGUGACUGGCAGUGCCCACUGCACCUUCACCACUGCCCAGAAGGCCGUCGGCAAGGACAACUUCACGCUCAUCCCCGAGGGCACCAACGGCAUCGAGGAGCGGAUGUCCGUGGUCUGGGAGAAGUGCGUGGCCUCAGGGAAGAUGGAUGAGAAUGAGUUUGUCGCUGUGACCAGUACAAAUGCAGCCAAAAUCUUCAACAUCUACCCGAGGAAGGGGCGUGUGGCUGUGGGUUCCGACGCUGACCUGGUUAUUUGGAACCCCAAGGCCACAAAAAUCAUCUCUGCCAAGAGCCACAACCUGAAUGUGGAGUACAACAUUUUUGAAGGCCUCGAGUGCCGAGGAGCCCCCACAGUGGUCGUAAGCCAGGGCCGGGUCGUGAUGGAGGACGGGCACCUGUCCGUCACCCCUGGGGCCGGCCGCUUCAUCCCUCGGAAGACGUUUCCCGACUUCGUCUACAAGAGGAUAAAGGCACGCAACCGACUGGCGGAGAUCCACGGUGUGCCCCGAGGCCUGUACGAUGGGCCUGUCCACGAGGUGAUGGUGCCUGCCAAGCCGGGGGGCGGCGCCCAGGCGCGUGCGUCCUGCCCAGGGAAGAUCUCGGUGCCACCAGUGCGCAACCUGCACCAGUCGGGUUUCAGCCUGUCCGGCUCGCAGGCGGACGACCACAUCGCGCGGCGCCCGGCUCAGAAGAUCAUGGCGCCCCCUGGUGGGCGUUCCAACAUCACCUCGCUGUCCUAGGUGUCCCGGUGGGACCCCAAGUCCCGCCGGCCCGCCCCCGGGGCAGUGGCUGCGGGGCCCACCUCACGUCGCUCUUCCUUUGUCAGGCUUACCCGAAAGGUGCCUGGCCUCGCCUUCCCCACCCCCUCCCCAAGAAACUACCCUUUUGGGGUCCCAGGUCCUGGACGAGGAGCCGGGCGAAGGAAAGGCCUGAAUCUGGGGGGCUUCACUGCCAGAUCGAGGAGGCUGGGCGUGGUGGCGGGGUCAGCCCAGGUGGCCCCGAAAGGCAGCUGGGCGCUUCACCAGGCAGGGCCGCAGCCCCCCAGGGCCACAGGGACCUCCAGGCCCCGCAGACGUGCGAACGGCCGGCCCGGCCGCCGUUAGAAUCUCGGCCCCGCGGCGCCCCAGGCCCCUCCCUGCUGUUGGGGGUGCGGCCUGCCCCCUCCCCAGCCGCCUUGGCAUGGGGGCAGCGCCCUGCGACCUAAGCCUCCUGCCUCAGAGCUGCUGCGACUUCAGGGAUCCAUCAGGAACUUCGCGAAGGGCGGCCUCGUUCGCACGUUGCCAAGGACCAAGUCUCCGCUCCUGUAGCAGCCCGAGUCCGGGAGUUGUGGGGUCCUCUAGCUGAGACGCCCUCCUUUUAUGACCCAGUGUGCGUCCCGGUAGUUGAUUAGCGCAGCACACGUGCGCCGAGGACAGCUGUAGCUAGCAACCUGCAUGCCCCCCACAGCCCGGGCGGCCGCCUCUGCCCCGCGCUGAUGGGAACGGGGUCUAUUAAAGGCGUCUGGGUUAGAA